CCCCGCAGGAGCCGAAGGAAUGGUGCGGGGGGCGGUGGGAGAGGAUUGGGCCGAGGGGUCCGGAGGGGCCCGUGCUGAGCGAUUCCGUGUGCGUGCGUGUGUCUUUCAGGACAUCGAUUUGAUUGACAUCCUGUGGAGACAGGACAUCGAUCUGGGCGCCGGGAGAGAGAUUUUUGACUACAGCCACCGACAGAAAGAGAGCGAAGUGGACAAAGAGCUGAGCGAUGGGAGGGAGCGCGGGGACGGCUGGAGGAGCGCGGGAGGACAGGUCACCAAUAGGAACCUGCUAGUGGAUGGCGAGACUGGGGAGAGCUUCCCUGCGCAGGUGCCUGGCGUGGAGGAUCAGACGGCCCUGUCCCUGGAGGAGUGCCUUAGGCUGCUGGAGGCCACCUUCCCUUUCGGGGAGAACUCGGAGUUUCCAGCUGCAGAUGUCUCCACCCUAAGCGAAGCUGUGCCCAGCGAGAGCCGGCCUGCGGGCAUCCAGAGCAGCCUGCUGUCUCCUCUCCUCCCAGAGGCCGAGUCGCCCUUCGAUCUGGAGCAGCAGUGGCAGGACCUCAUGUCUAUCAUGGAAAUGCAGGCUAUGGAAGUGAACAGCACGACCGCUGAAACCCUUUACAACGGCACAAGCGGAGACCUGCUGACUUCUAACUACAACCUCGCCCCAAACACUCCCAUCAAUCAGAAUGUCAGCCUGCAUCAGGCCUCUCUGGGCAGCUGCUCACAGGACUUCUCCCUCUUCAGCUCUGAAAUUGAAAGCCCCUCCAUGGGUGGCAGCUCAGCGCUGCUGCAGCUGGCGCCGGACAACUCCACCGGCCUCAACACCACCUUCAGCUCCACCAACUUCAGUGGGAUCUUCUUCCCCCCACAGCUGAACAGUACGGUCAAUGAGACGGCGGGCCCUGAGCUGCCGGACCCGCUGGGCGGCCUUCUUGAUGAAGCCAUGCUUGAUGAGAUCAGCUUGAUGGAUUUGGCCAUCGAAGAAGGUUUCAACCCAGUGCAGGCCUCGCAGCUGGAAGAGGAGUUUGAUUCUGACUCAGGUCUUUCUCUGGAUUCUGGCCACAGUCCUGCUUCCCUUAGCAGCUCAGAAGCCUCUUCCUCUUCUUCUUCCUCCUCUUCCUCCUCCUCCUCCUCUUCCUCUUCCUCCUCAUUUUCUGAGGAAGGAGCUGUCGGCUACAGCUCAGACUCUGAAAACGUGGACUUUGAAGAAGCGGAAGGGGCAGUUGGGUACCAGCCCGAGUACAGCAAGUUCUGCCGCAUGAGCUACCAGGACCCGUCGCAGCUCCACUACUUGCCUUACCUGGAGCACGUGGGCCACAACCACACCUACAACAUGGCACCGGAGACCCUGGAUCCCGAGGAGCCCAAGCUGCCCAGCGUGGGGAAGAAGAGCAGCAAGGAGAAACCGUCCGAGUUCCUGGAUAAGCAGAUGAGCAGGGAUGAGCAUCGAGCCAGAGCCAUGAAGAUCCCUUUCACCAACGACAAGAUCAUCAACCUGCCCGUGGAGGAGUUCAAUGAACUGCUCUCCAAGUACCAGCUCAGCGAGGCGCAGCUGAGCCUCAUCCGAGACAUCAGGAGGCGAGGCAAGAACAAGAUGGCUGCCCAGAACUGCCGCAAGAGGAAGCUGGACACCAUCCUGAACCUGGAACGCGACGUGGAGGACUUGCAGAGGGACAAGUCCAAACUGCUCAGGGAGAAGGUGGAGUUCCUCAAGUCCAUCCGCCAAAUGAAGCAGAAGGUGCAGAACCUCUACCAGGAGGUGUUCGGCCGGCUGCGGGAUGAGAACGGCCAGCCCUACUCCCCCAAUCAGUACGCCCUGCAGUACGCCAGCGACGGCAGCGUCAUCUUGAUACCUCGCACCUUGGCUGACCAGCAGGCCAGGAGGCAGGAGAGGAAACAGAAGGACCGCAGGAAGUGAGGGAGGCACGCGGGAGGAGUGGGAGAAUCGCUCAAGGUAGAACUGGAGAAGGGCUGAGCCUGGAAGUGCUUAGAGGAACUUUCAUGCCUUUUAUCCAAUAUAUCUUCUCAAACGUGACUGCUGCCGGUCAGUGUACAGGAGGGACUGCGGCCGAGCGCUCCCUGUGGGGAGGGACGGGGACGAGCGGACAGUGCACUGGCGAGCCCAGCACCUUCCACAGCCUGGAAUCCUUUGAGCGCAGGAAAUCAGCUGGCAUCACUGGUGGGGAGAUCAGCGGAGGCGGAAAAACUACUGUUAGGAACUGGCUUUAAAUAAGAAAAGAGAUUUAAGCAAAUGAACUUAAAACCAAGCGAUAGGAGAGACAUUUUUCUGAACUUCCAAAGUUCUGUGAUUUCAGGUAGUUGUUUCUUUGGUUUU